AUGUUGCUAUCAUUUCGAAACGGAGAUGCCGCCCAAGUGGCAAUUGUAACAGGUGCAGGACGUGGAUUAGGACGUGCGUGGGUGAAGGCAUUGGCUGCACGUGGAGUGUAUGUAGUAGUAAAUGACAAUGAUACCGAUCACUCAUUGGUAGAAAACGUCGUACAGAGUAUUCGUCUGGAAGGUGGUGUGGCUGUAGGUGAUCACCAUAGUACAACAGAAGGUGGCGAGAUUGUAAAGACUGCAAUGAGACAUUUCAAUCGAGUUGAUAUCUUGAUUAAUAAUGCCACGGUCAUUCGUGAUGGAUCCUUUCGCAAAAUGACACAGGAAAAUUGGGACGACGUGUACCGUUCGAGUUUGCUGGGCACGUUCAGCGUGACGCAGGCAGUGUGGCCUAUUAUGCGACAUCAAAAGUAUGGACGGAUUCUCAAUUGCGUGUCUGGCGCUGGACUUUAUGGCAAUUUUGGACAGGUCAACUACGCUACCAUGAAGAUGGGACUUGUCGGCUUCACUGUAGCACUCAAUCGAGAGGGUGUCAAGUACAAUAUUGCUGUGAAUGCAGUGUCUCCUGUGGCUGGCACGCGUCUUACGCAGCCAGUUUGGCCCGACGACGUCUAUACAAAGCUGACGCCAGAAUUGACAUCACCAAUCAUUGUAUAUCUAUGUCACUCGUCAUGCAAGGACAAUGGUCAGCUGUUUGAGCUGGGUGGUGGCUGGGUCGGAGCUCUUCGUCUACAGCGUACCCACGGUGUUGGCUUUCCGACAGACCCCACUCAGUUCACGCCUGAGCUUGUGGCAGAGCAAUGGCGAGAUGUGGUGGAUUUUAGUCGCGUAACCCAUCCGACGUCCACGCAAGACUCGUUUGAGCCCAUGAUGCGCAACGUGUCGGCACCACCAAAGUCCCUGACUACUUCUCGUUCCAGUGAGUGCGCUGAAGUGUUUGACCGACUGCGAACAACACUGCAGGAGAAGGGUCCGGAGCUUAGCAAGCAAAUUUCAGGCGUGCUUGAAUGGCACAUUAACAAGGAGGUAUGGACGAUAUCAUUACUUCAUGGCAAGGGCACUUUGUUGGAAGGAAGACAUUCGCGUUUGGCACCGGACUUGCAGAUCCACAUGGACGAGCAAGACUUUCUGGAUUUGGCGGCAGGUCGACUUCGGAUGCAGCAGGCAUUGAUUCGGAAGAAACUGCGCUUACAGGGAAAUUUAAGGAUGGCCAUGAAGCUGCAGCCGUUUGCGGAUCUCUUUUUGCAACAGCACCAAGCGCGACUAUAA